AUGUCGCCGCAGCGAGUACUGGUGUACUUGCUACGACGAGAUCUGCGGGUCGCUGACAAUCCCAUCUUUCAUGAGAUUUCUAAGCUGGCAGAGCAGUCGGAAAGGCCGUUCACCCAUGUCUUGCCUAUGUACAUCUUCCCAGCACAUCAAAUAGAAAUCUCUGGCUUCCUAUCAGAUCCCAGCUCAAAGUCGCCAUAUCCCGAAGCAAGGUCAGAGGUGUCAGGAUUCUGGAGGUGCGGUCCUCAUCGCGCCAAGUUCAUAUGCGAAUCGAUAUGGGACUUGAAAAGGGACCUCGAAAGCAAAGGCAGCGGACUUGCCAUCCGGGCUGGAAACCUGGCGAAGACAUUGAAGGAUGUGCUGAAGCAGUUCGAGGAGCAGAAAGACAGCGAGGUUGCUGGGGUUUGGAUCACAGAUGAGGAAGGCGUCGAAGAGAAGAGAGAGUUGCGUGAAGUCAGGAAUGUCAGCGAGAAGGCUGGGGUGGAUUUCAGGUCGUGGGUGGACGAGAAGUACUUGGUCGAUGAUCGAGAUUUGCCCUUUGACAAGCCCUCGGACCUGCCGGACGUUUUCACAAGCUACCGCAAGUCGGUCGAGCCAUUGCGAGACGCACCUCGGAAGGAGCUCAAGCCGCCCAAAUCCCUCCCUCCUCUGCCUGAAUUUAUACCUUCACAGCCUGCACCAUUCUCAAUACCCGAGAACGACUACAAUGCCCUCGAAGCCGCCGUCCUGAAACCAAUCAAGGACAACCCACCAAUCACCAACCCAGCAAGCUAUCCGACUAAUGUCGAAUCCGCCCAUCCGUUCUCUGGCGGGUCUAGCGAAGCACACAAACGUAUACAACAUCUCCUAGCGACAGCCUCAAUGACCCACUACAAGGACACUCGGAACGGUCUGCUCGGUCUCGAUUUCAGCACAAAGCUUUCCGCGUGGCUUGCUCUAGGCUGCAUCACUGCCCGACAGAUCCAUUGGCGGCUGAUUGACUUCGAAGAUGGCCGCUCUGACCAAUACAAAGGAGUGGAAGGCUAUGGCAAAGGUGAGAACAAGGGUACCGCCGCCGUGCGCUUCGAACUGUUGUGGAGGGACUACAUGCGGCUCUGCACCAGGAAAUUCUCCCACCGGCUGUUCAGGCUCGAGGGAUUCCGGAACGAUACCAGCCACCAUUGGCGAACGCCUGAUGGGCAUGGUCCGACCAAAGCUUGGAACAAUGGUAACGGCAACGGCAAUCUCGACCAUGAAGACCUCUCUGCUACGAUCGGCCGCUUUCAGCGUGGUGAGACCGGCAUAUCCUUGAUCGAUGCUUCUCAACGUGAAUUAUACUUGACUGGUUACACCUCCAAUCGUGCCCGACAAAACGUGGCCUCCUUCUUAGCAAAACAUCUCAACAUCAACUGGAUCAUCGGUGCCGAGUGGUACGAAUACUGCCUUGUGGACUAUGAUGUUUCCAGCAAUUGGGGCAACUGGCAGUACGUGGCUGGAGUUGGCAACGAUCCGAGAGGGGAGGCGAGAGUGUUCAAUCCCGUCAAGCAGAGCUCGGAUUACGAUCCAAAGGGAGAGUACUGCGUUGCGUGGGUUGAAGAGCUGCGAGGCAUGGUUGAUAGCAAAAGUAAUGGUCACGGUAACAAACCCAAGGAAAAUGGGGAGGGCGAGGGCAUCCUGGAGGUCUAUCAGCCAUGGCUGGUGAAAGAAGACCGAAGAGAGGGUUUGGGUCUGAAUGGUAGAGUCGGCGUGGAGCAUCCGUUGAAGAAGAUUGAUUUUAGGCUCGGAAGAGGCAAAGGCGGUGGAGGGGGCGGCGGAGGUCGUUAUGGAGGGAGUUCGAGGGGCUGGUCCGGUAAUGGAUGGAGAGGACGAGGAGGUGGUAGAGGAGGCAGGGGUGGCAAUCGUGAGCGCGGCGGGAGGAGCGACAGACGAGGUGAUAUGAACGGACCUGGGCUUCCUGAGUGA